AUGGUGAAACACAAUGGAAAAACCUCACAUUUAACGUUCCCGGAGCGUAAAGCAGAAGCCGACCUCAUGUACCAGUGCAUCGACGCUUCGAAUGUUGCCUUCGGCGAGAUCAACUAUGCAGCUUGGUGGCAGCGGCGGAAGCCUAGCACCUGGGAUAUGGAUCCAAACAGAGCACGAGCUAAGGUGGAAGCACAUGGCACGGGUACGACAAUUGGCGAUGCAACGGAAGCGCAUGCUUUGCAGGAUGUGUUUGGUAUGUGGCGCAAGCGGAAGUCCAACCCCGUCCUCGUCGGAUCGGUGAAGGCCAACGUGGGCCACCUCGAAGCCUCUGCAGGGAUGGCAGGUCUCCUUGCAGUGCUGGCGGUGUUCCGGCGCCGCGCGGCGGCGGGCAAUGCGGAGCUGAGGCAGCUGAGCCCCUUCGUCGCAGGGGCUGGUGACGUUAUUGGCCUGGAGUUUCCGAUCCACACGACGCCGUUGACACAGUCCCGCGUGACCGCUUGCUGCAACUCCUUCGGCUUUGCUGGGACGAUUGGUACCGCCGUUCUGGCCUCCCCGGAGCCGCCAAGCGUCACACGGCAAGUCCGUCAUCGUAUUGCGUUUGUGUUUGCGCUGAGCGCCGAUCUACCAAAGCUCCUUGAAGAGAAGGAAGGCUGCCGCUCACUGCUUCAAUCUGCAUCCUAUCCGGCUGUGGUCCAGCGCUUGGUGAAGAACAUGCCCGUGGCCGUUGACGCCAUUGCCUUGACGAAAGUUCUGCUGGGGCAGGGUGAGUGCCCAGAGCAACUCAAGUCCACUGCAUGUGCUGUUUUUCAGCUUUGCCUGGCAUCGCUUUGGAAAGUUCAUGGCGUGCAGCCGGCUCUUCGGCAGCACCUAGUCGUGAGAGCACGUUGCAGAUAUGAAGUCAGUGCAAAAGUUGUCGCUGCCCAAUUUGACAUGGCAGUCGUCCUGGAAGCAGCGGGCACAAGGCCUUUCCAGGAUGCAGUCCGCUGCAUCCAAGCGGUCAACUCGGGAGCCAAAGUUGUGCCAGGUGCAAGGGCAGCUCCCGAGCUUUUUGCAAGCAUUGGACAAGUAUGCCGAAGCCUUGUCUUUGACCUCUCUGCCCUCGGCGACACUGGUGGGCCUCAGACCCAUGAGACCCAGGUUGACUACAACGAAGCAGAAUUUGGGCCUUCCACCAUUCCAUUCCAGGAGCUUGAUUCGCUGCAGUGGGCAACCUUCACCAGCCUGCUUCGCUCACGAUUCCGGUUGCGUGACAUUGCCAUGGAUGCGACAGUCGCGAUGAUCGCGCAGCAGUUGCAAAAAACACCACAGACGAGUGCCUGCGUUCCCCAGGAGGCGGCAGAGGCGGAGACGCUGCAGGCGCUCACGUCGCUGGAGAAGGAGACUCCAUCCAACACGCUGAUUGGGGUGCAUGGCAUUGACGGUGACCCCAUGUCAUUGCAGUUCAAGACCCUGGCUAUGAGGCUGUCUGGCGAAGUGGCAAUGUAUGCACUCAAGGUGACGCCACUGGUCCGCGGGACUUGUUCAAACCUCGAAGAUCUUGCCAAAAUUCACGUCGAGACGUUGGUGGCUCGAUUCGGAUACAGCUCUUACAAUAUCUAUGGGCAUUCCUUCGGGGCUAUGGUUGCCCACAAGAUGGCCGAGCUGCUUGAACUGAGAGGAGUCGCCGUGACCCUCUUUCUGGGUGACUUCGAGGUGGCGUACCCACCAGAGCGCUUCAUGGAGAGCCCAGAUAUGGAUGAAUUUACAGACCGCUGCCGCAUGGGCAGCUGGGAAGGCCCAGAGAUGGAGGCGUACAAAAUCUUGCUGAGGAGACACAUGUUUGCGCACAGGGAGGAUGCGCAGUACUGCAGGACAUUGUUGAAAGAGGUCGCCGAUCCACAAAGGCGGGAGCACGAGCUUAAAGGCUUUGUUCUCACCAAAGCUCGACCAAGCAACAUGCCAAUGGAGACAUACUUCGCCAUGAUCAAUGAGUUCGCGGCGAACAUGGGUUUUCAUGAAAAGCUUGUGAUGGAGAGCUCCAAGGCAAUUGGCUCCCGGCAUGAAGAUGGCGAGAGCUUCUACGAUUGGCACACUUAUCAACCUGGCAAGCUCCCGGCAGCAACGUUGUUCGUCUCCAACAGCAAAGAGUUCUCGUGCUGUGUGGAGGUCAACAAGCAGUUCUAUGCAGAGCUGGACGUAGUGCCAGUCCUCGACCACGAGCAUUACAACUUGCUCGAAAGCCAG